GAGUCAGAAAGAUUUCUCUCUUUUUCGAUCUUACGAGACCGACAGAAAGUAAGAUAUGGCAGCAGACGCAUCGUCUAAAGUUGGCAGUUUUUUCAUUCGCUGUGAAGACUGUAACAAGAAAAUUCCUGAAGAUCUUAUAAGUAUGCACACUUGUUAUGCUAGAUACGGAUUCGCAGUGUAUCAGGCAGCUGAAGCUGUGGACGCAGAAUCUCAGGCUACGAGACGCAGAAAGGCCAAGGACUCAAACAGGCCACCUCUUACCGGCUUCGUUAUCUUCAUGAAUGGUUUCCGUAAAAGUUUUAGAACAGAUUAUAAUGGUUCAUUGGUGAAGGAGGUUUCAAAGAUCGGUUGGGAAAUGUGGAAGUCUAUGACUGACGAUGAGAAGAAAGUUUAUGUGGAUAAAGCUGCUGAACUUAUGGCUAAUGAUGAAGAAGAAGUGUAUUUGGAUGAGGAAUCUGAUGAUACUGAUGAGGCUGAGGACAAAGAAAUAGAAAUUUCAGAGGCUAUUAUUCAGCUGGAUAAAGCUGCUCAACUUAAGGCUGAUGAUGAGCAAGAAGAGGAUGAGUAUGAUUAUACCGAAGAGGAACAAGCUGAUGAUUCUGAUGAUGCUGAGGACAAAGAAGUUAAGGAAACAGAUGAUGAUGACAGCAAAGUAGCUCAAGUAAACAAGAGAUUUUGGAUGACGACUACUAAACAUGUUAUACUCGUACUUGGGGAUUUAGCGAUUGAGAUUUAUAGGGUUUCUCACAAGUUUCUAUGUGUGAUCUUUAGGAAGAAGGCAACAUCUGAUGAACCUAAGCCUCUUACUUUUACCACAAACAAGCUACAGCGCCGACCUCCUACUGCCUUCCUUAUCUUCAUGAAUGAUUUCCGUAAAACGUAUACAGAUAAGAAUCCAUAUAUUAACGUUAGGGAUCUUGCAAAGCAUGGUGUUGAAAAGUGGAAGUCUUUGACAGAGAAAAAGAAGAAAUUUUAUCUGGUUAAAGCUGCUCAACUUAAGGCAGAGUAUAACAAGUCACUGGAGAACAAUGAGGAAGUGGAGGAUGAGGAGAAACAAGCUGAUGAUGCUGAGGAGAUGGAAGUUUGAGAACACAGAUGAUGAAGGUAAAGAAGAGGAAGAAGAGAUUUUGGUUGACUACUAGAAAUGUUAGGCUCGUUCUUGGGUUUCUAAUCUUUAUUGAAAUGGAUUUAUCUCUAAUCAUUGUGAUGCAUUGAAGCCAAGAAGGCUGAAGGUAGUUUGUGAGCAAGUGGUUUUUUUUUUUUUUUGUAGGCAUGGAACAUUUUGGUUAGACAAGUAAUGAAGCUUAUGUUUUCUUGUUUUACCAAUGCUAUAGAAUCGAAAGUUUUCGUUUGGGUUAGAAUCCUUUGCUUCUGUGUUUUGCUGGUUAAUUAAAAAUGAUAAUAAUUU